UCUUGCAACACAACUACAGAAGCACUUUCUGAUGGACAACAAUUUUGGGACGAAACGUUCGUACUCUUCAUACUUCUAAAGGACGUUUGCGCGUAAAUCUGAACACUACGAGCAGACGCGAGAAACUUGUACGUGAUUUGUAAGCGCGCGGCGUGUCAGUCUAUCCCACAAAUCUAUAGAUCGUUUUAAAAUGGUGCCUGCGAGAUUAUAAUUACAUUUGCAACCUACAGCCUCCGCCUCUCUCUCAUUCACUCACUCACUCACGACUGCACAAUAAAUGGAUCUUUGAGAAAAGAGAGAGAGAGGGAGAGAGACGUGUGAGGAAAGAGGGAGGAGGAGAAGAUAGAAAGGGCAGAAGGGAGGGGGGUAUCGGCGUAUGCUUGUAUACAACUACCCCCGAUUUCCAUUUUUUUCCCUAACUCGUAAUGUAUUUAAUUCAAGUGAAACGUAAUCAUGACGUGUGUUGUCAUUAAUCUCCUCGCCGCCUCUCCCGGGACUGUUGGAGGUGGUCAGGCAAAUUGCCACCAUCAGAAAACACCCUUUUUAAUCCAAGGAAGUGAAGCAUGGCAUAGACACAUUAACAAUUAUGGAUUCCCCACCGGAGUGUAUGCUGGCUCUUUCCUGUGAGCCCCCACUGUCUCCGCCCUCCAUGCCAUCCCUGGACCACAGUCCCCAAUUCCUACCCCAGAGUCCUCAAUCUACCCCUUCUAGCCCUCAAACUGAACUCUAUGCACCGGUCUCACCCUGCCCCCUUCCUGAAGCCAGCUUCCAAGAUGAGGAGGAGGAUGAGGAGUUGUCAACACCCUCAUCACCCACCCCAGCUGUGGCACUGUUUCCUGGUGAAUUGGAACUCGGCAGUCCUUCAUCAGAGAGCAGCCCCCCAGCCACACCAUUAGCACCUUUCCCUGGUUUUGGAGCUCUGGAGCAGGCAAUCUCUUCUGGUCAAAGUACCAUCUACAAUGAUGAGUUGGAUCUUCAGCUUUUCAACAAUGAGGGCAUGGCUGUCCCUGGAGGGAUCAGCCCUGGGCCUGGCCUAAGGUUCCCCUGUCAUGUGUGUGGAAAGAGGUUCCGCUUCCAGAGUAUUCUGUCUCUGCAUGCUCGAGCACACAGUUUGGACAGGGAACGUCGGGCUUCAGCUCCCUACCGGACCACGCAUGUCAAACUGCAGCAGAAUCACGCAAGCAACAGUGUAAUCCAGAAUCCAUUAUCUGGGUCAUUACAAAAAAGUAUGAAUGAAGACAUGGUUCCAGAGGAACCUCUUCAAACUGCUAACAGCCCUCAGUUCCUCUUUGAAGGAACCACAGCCCUGACUCCACCUUUAACAGAGGAAGCACCAAUCUCAACCUCCUUAUCUCCACUUGGCCAGGCCCACUUGGAAGACAAUGCCCCCCCUACAGCUGCUCCUGCCUUCCGGUGUCAUGCUUGUAAGGGUAAGUUCCGAACAGCUUCAGAGCUGGCACGUCAUGUGCGGAUCCUUCACAACCCCUACAAAUGUACAAUGUGUCCUUUCUCAGCCAGCCAGGAGGAAAGACUGGCUGCCCAUUUGCAGGAGAGCCACACACCUGAGGAUCCUGCCGCUGAAACGGCUUUCCCUUCUCACCCUAUAACAGCACCACCAGAAACUCCUCCCCCACAAAUGUCUGUUGUUCCAGCUUUCCGAUGUGAGACAUGCGGGCAGCGUUUUACACAGUCCUGGUUUUUGAAGGGGCACAUGCGGAAGCACAAGGACUCAUUGGAUCACAAGUGCCAGGUGUGUGGCCGUGGCUUCAAGGAACCCUGGUUUCUUAAGAACCAUAUGAAGGUGCAUCUUAACAAGCUGGGCCUCAAGACUGGAUUGGGAAAUCUGGGUCCAGCUGGAACUGAUCAAUCCAAAGGUCCUGCAAGCACACAAGUGCUAGGGGCUCUGUAUUCUAACUUGCUCCUUGCUCGCAGUAUGGCCGGGGGUGGUGGAUCAGGAAAUCGCACAGAGAGGUCUGAUGCCAGUGCAGGCUCAAGCAAAUCCUCUAUAUUGGGCUAUCUGGGAUUACCCAAAGACAACAGCAAUGGAAGUUGCAUGGAGCGCCUUCAGGCAGUGGCACAGGUUGCAGAAAUGGGUAACGGAGGCGGAGGGCGGGGAAGUGAGUCAGCAGACGGAGCAGACCAGGCAGCCAUGUGGCAGCUGGUUGCUCGCAGUCUGGUGGCAGCACAGCACAACCAACAGCAGCAGAGAUCCCAUUCACACCAUCAGUUUCUUUCCUCACGAGGCACUGUCGCUGGGGAAGCCAAGCAGAUGAGGGCCUACCUGGGUGGGUUGGGUUCUAGAGAGGAACUGGAGGGAUCUAGCGCACCAUGGGAGUGUCCAGAUUGUGGCAAGAUGUUCAGAAGCCUUCAGCAGGUGGUUGCCCACGCCCGUGUCCAUGUUCAGAAACCACAGAAAGGUGGACAAAGUGCCCAAGGGGGUAUGUCCAGGGAAGAAAACAUAAUAAACAGAGUCAGUGGAGCUCAAGCAACAGGUGGAGUAGAAGGAGGGCAAAGAACAAGUGACAAUGAAGUUAGACAGGAGAGAAAGCAACUCCCAUCAGGAGUCGGGUCAGCUGGGAGCUUCCAUUCUGUCAUAUCACAUCUUUCUGGUCAGAAUGGUUUGAGGGGAUCAUCCUCUUCCACUUCAUCUCCAAGGGAGCGUGUUCGGGGAACAGGGAUGAAGGAUUGCCCCUACUGUGGUAAAGCCUUCCGGUCUUCCCAUCACCUUAAAGUGCAUCUUCGUGUACACACAGGUGAGAGACCAUACAAAUGCCCCCACUGUGAUUAUGCUGGCACCCAGUCUGGCUCUCUCAAGUACCACCUUCAACGUCAUCAUCGUGAGCAAAGGAACGCUAUGGCAACCUCCCCCAAUUCCCCAUCACCUAGCCUCCCCUCUCUGACUGGAUCUUCUCGUGAAGGGGCAAAAAAGCGUAGACUCCCCUCCCAGUCUUCUUUUGGGAAGGUUCCUGGAGAGGCUUCUUCUUUAAGGCACAGUCAGUCAUGGGGUGCAGGCCCAUCAGAACAGAAGGAGGGAUCUUCUGCAUCUAUACAUCAAAGAGAAGGAGACCUGGAGAGUCACUAUCGCAGUCUGUCAGGGAUGAUGGGUACACUCUUCCCCGGUGGUCUAGAAACAAAUUGGAUUGGGGAGGUACCACCUCAGAAAAUGCCAAAAGUGUCUAGACGUAAACCCCUUACUACAAGUCGCAUGGUUUCAGUAAAUGGCUAUCAGGGCGGGACGACAUCCCAGGAAGGAGGCUUUGAACCGCUGGACCUCUCCCGCCGCCCUUUACAAGAUGAAGGGGGAGUGAGUAGUUCUGGAGGUGAACCAUCAGGUGGCUCUAAAGGAGGGAAUGACAUCCUCAAUCAAUGCGUGUUCUGUCCCUUCCGAACCUCUUCUGCUGAGCUGAUGGCCAUGCACCUUCAGGUUAAUCACACCAGCAAGUCUCGUCGCAAGAGGGGCGUCCCCAUCAGUUCCACCAAUCAUUCUCCAAGACUAACUUUGGCCGGGCCAGACCGUGAUCCCCUGGCUCUGUGGAAGUUCUUUGGUGUAGAAGAUGGAGUAACAUCUCCUGAGGACUGGGUCUCAUCCCAGUCAAAAGCGCAGAAUGGAGUCAGCCCAGACAACAGGGAAACAGAGGACAGCUUUGAAUUAGUCCCUGGACCUGCAGGAAGCUUUGGUGCCACAGAAAAGAAACGUAAAAUGAGAGAGGACCUGGAUGAGGAAGACGAGGUGGUCAACGAAGAAGAGAAUGAGCUGGAAGCAAAUGGCAGCUUUGUAAAUUUACCCCAGAAUCAGAGCAGAAGGGCUCAGUCUGAUUCAUCAGACCUCACGGCUGAGGAUCUACCCAAGGAGGAGGAAAGUGUCUUGGGGAAAUAACAUCGAAAGAGAGCCCUGGAGAAAAGAUAGGGGCAGGGGAGAAAUAUUUGGGAAAUAGUUGUCCAGGGUCCCUCGUAUCCUUCAAACCAAGGGCAGACCAUUCGCUAUGCUAACAUACUGUACAGUAUGUAAUCUGUAAACAGAUAACCCGUAAAAGUAUUUAAAUCAAGCAUUUCUUAAUAUAUCUUCCUAGCCCCCCUUGGUUAGUGAUCAAUUACCUCUACACACACACAAAGACUCUCAAUCACACAGAGAUAUCCAGUAUUGUAUGCUAGUCUAAGCCUGCCUGUCUCGGGGCCUUCUUGAACACUGUUCUCUUGUUCCUGUCUUCUUGUCAGUGAACGCAAUUGCCAAGUUGCAUUUCAUUUACAAUUUCCUUGCUCCUGUGAAUCUUGCUCUCAUCUUAACAAGGACUUGGAAUGUCAAUCUGGGGAGCUGAAAAAGCAAAAAAGAAACACUGUUCUUAAUCAUUACAAUAUACAGUAUUAAUGCUGAGAGAGAUGCUAAUCAAAUACUGAACGGACAUCCUACUUCCACAUGAACUUAAUCUGACAGCACGUCUUCAGUAAACCAAAGGAGUGAGCACACUUCUUACCAUGCACCUGCCAGACUCUGAACAGAAUGCUGUGAUAACUGAAUGGUACUUGUGAAUCACCUCUAACAGAACAGGACAGAGUAAAGAUUAUAUUACCAGAUAUCCACACUGCCAGUCUGCUCCGACGGGUCUUCUUCAGAUAUUAUAUGAAAAAGAAAUUCUGCCUCUUCUAUAUGCUAUUUCUCUCAGUGCCUGUUGAUGUAAAAGGUUUUAAGCAGAUCCAGCAACACAGGAAUAUAGUUACAGUGAAUAUAUACAGUAUAUAUGCGUAGUUGUGCUAGAGCAUAGAGUUCUGUGACAAUAUGGUGGCAGUUUGUGAGACUAUGUCUGCUUUGAAUGAAACUAUGAAUGAACCCAGAUCACCACAUGUGGGAACAGCCGGCCAUUUGACAAGGGCCCUAUGGAAGUGUUUACAUUACAGAUACCACCAGGAUUUCUGGGUGGAAUCCGGACCACCGUUACUAUUGAAAGUUCAAAUUUCAGGGUUUGAAACAAAUCACAAUCUAGUAAAUGGAGACUCAGCAAUAUAUCUUUCAUAUUCCUGAAUUGUCUCUGAUUCUCAAACCAUCCAGGAGAGGGUGGAAAGUGGGUCUCUACUAAAACAUUCAGUAUGCCGUUUUUUUUUUUUUAGAUGUGAGUAGACAUUUUUUUUAAAUAUCAAAAAUGAAAAUAAAAAAAAAAUAAAACACAGACACACACUAACAAAUUCAGACAUCCCAGUAGAACAUAUGUAGCUUUUGUAAAGAUAAGAGAUCAAAAAGAGGAAAAAAAAAAAUGUUGUUUUCCUUUUAAGAAGUGUUAAUGGAAACGGAAAUGGAGAAUAGUAAUAAGUAUUAUAUAAUAUAAUAAUUAUGAAAGAAGACUGCUUUAGAAUGUCUGUAGAGCACUGUGCAAAGUCCCCCCUCGCUUUAGUUUUGCCUUUAAAUGCAGAUCAAACUUUUGAUCUUUUUCCCAAACCCUUUUUUUUUAAUUUUUUUUUUAAUAAUGCUGCAGAUUCAAUUCAUGUCCCCUUAAACAAUGUGUUUAUAUAUUCAUCAAUCAACAAAUCAAUCAUUCGGACACACAAUCAAUGUUAAAGCUUGCCUGAUGAUCUUGAAAAUUCAGUGAUUGAUAAUAUAUUUAUUAGUUGAUGCUGAGAUCAUUUUUGAUGUGGAAUUAGCACAUCAUACAAACGAUGAUCUACUUUCCUCAUCCAGCUCUGUGAAAUAAUUUCCAUCAGGUCAUCUCAUUGUUAUUGUUAGACACUAAGUAGGCGGUACUUUUGUCCAGUGAUUGACAGAGGCUGGCCUUAAAACGUCAUUAUCGUGUCCUUGUUUUGUGUGUAGAUUAUCUUAUGCGUUUGAUAGCCCCUGAUGUGGUGUUCCUUUGAGAUAACAGUCAAGCCACUGUGCCUUCUGUCCAGAGCACUUCCUCAAGUAUUUUGUAAGCUCACCAAAAGCACUUAGCCCCUACUGUUUCACUUUGUAUUCUUUGGUAAACUGUGUUCUGUACUUCUCCGUAUCUGAUCCUCUGUUUUGUUGAGAUGUCAGAUGUGGGGGUCAUUUCAAUUUCAUAAUAAUGAGUGUCAUUCUGUCAUUCAUGCUUGCUGUUGCAUCUCCUGCUUCCCUCCCUUCCCAUUAGCGUAUGCACCACUGAAAGCUUACGUACUAUCUAGCUCCGAGGCCUUUUAAGAAGUUACUUUAAUUUCUAUGAUGUUACUUUGAUGCCGAUGAGAUGAAAUCAAGCUCUUCUGCUCAUAAUUAUUAUUAUCAUUGUUCUUUUUGUUUUAUGGAAGAAAAAAAAAACUAAGCAAACAAACAAAAAACAUGAACAAAAUGUGUCUCUUGAAUGUUGUACAGAUAGAAAUAGAGAUGUUGUGUUUCUAACGAGAGAUCAAACCAUCAAACCUGCUCUCCAUCGCUCCCUGCGCAGCCAGCAAUGAUGUGGCUCUUAGAAUGGCCUAACUGUGUACAGGGAUCAGGGCAAUAGUUUUGUUUUGUGUGUUUAUGUGUGUGUGUGACCAUGUGCAUUGAUGUCUUAAAAAUUAAUAUUUUGUGAAGAUAUACUGACACUGUGAAAUAAGCAUAAAAGUAUUCCCAAACAGUGACGUGCUGCUCAAAAAUUCACUAAGUUCAACAUGCACUUUUUUUUGUUGUUCCACCAGAAGUGUGUGAAUUCAUAAAUAUUAUCCAGUAAAAGAGGAGAGGUGGAGAGAAGGUCUGGGUUUGAUCUUUUUUUUAGUAGCCGACUGCUGUUGGUGGCAGAGGAAUCUGAUCUAACAUAGUAGUGACUAAUAUGAAAUUGUGGAUUGAGAAAAAAAAAAAAAAAAAAAAAAACAGUAGAGAAGAAUCAAUAAAAUACAAAAAAACA